AUGGUCGUUGAGAUGUCAUCCCCUCUUGUCCCUGUUUCAGCUAGUGAUGAGAAGAGCGUAAAAGCACUGCAGUUCGUUGAAGAAAUGACCCGAAACACUGACUCUGUCCAGGAGCGUGUCCUGGCCGAGAUUCUGAGCCAAAACGCUGAGACAGAGUACCUGAAGCGGUUUGGGCUCAAUGGAGCCACUGACCGUGACACUUUCAAGUCCAAGGUACCUGUCGUUACUUACGAGGAUCUGCAGCCUUAUAUUCAACGCAUUGCUAAUGGUGACCGCUCUCCCAUCUUUUGCAAUCGCCCAAUCUCCGAGUUUCUAACCAGUUCUGGAACUUCUGCCGGAGAAAGAAAAUUGAUGCCGACCAUUCAUGAAGAGAUGGACCGUCGCCAGUUACUGUACAGCCUACUCAUGCCGGUUAUGAACCAAUACGUGCCUGAUUUGGACAAAGGGAAAGCGCUUCAUUUCCUGUUUAUUAAAGCAGAGACCAAAACUCCCGGUGGGUUAGUGGCACGUCCAGUGCUCACGAGCUAUUACAAGAGUGAACAAUUCAAGAACAGGCCAUUUGACCCAUACAAUGUGAUAACAAGCCCAAAUGAAACCGUCCUUUGCCCUGAUUCCUUUCAAAGCAUGUAUACCCAGAUGCUAUGUGGCAUCAUCAUGCGCCACGAAGUCCUCAGAGUUGGAGCUGUUUUUGCCUCUGGCCUUCUCAGAGCCAUUCGAUUCCUUCAGCUUAACUGGCAGCAAUUAGCACAUGACAUCUCCACUGGAACCCUAAACUCCAAGAUCACAGAUCCUUCCAUCAAGGAAUGCAUGGCUAGCAUCUUGAAACCUGACCCAGAACUUGCUGAUUUCAUCACGAAGGAAUGCUCCGGAGAAAACUGGGAACGUAUAAUCCCAAGGAUUUGGCCCAACACAAAGUACCUUGACGUGAUAGUCACGGGUGCUAUGGCUCAGUAUAUUCCCACACUUGAUUAUUACAGUGGUGGCCUACCUAAGCCUUGUACCAUGUACGCCUCUUCUGAGUGUUAUUUUGGGCUUAACCUCAAGCCUAUGUGCGAUCCCUCUGAGGUUUCUUACACAAUUAUGCCAAACAUGGGUUACUUUGAGUUCUUACUCCAUGAUGACUCGUCUCCUAUAACUCUGUCUCGUGACUCGCCACCUCGCCUGGUGGACCUAGCCGAUGUUGAACUUGGUAAAAGGUAUGAGCUGAUUAUAACAACCUAUGCUGGUCUUUGCCGUUACCGUGUGGGCGAUAUCCUCCAAGUAACUGGGUUCCACAACUCAGACCCGCAGUUCCGAUUCGUGAGGCGAAAGAACGUCUUGUUGAGCAUUGAUUCGGAUAAGACAGACGAAGCUGAACUGCAAAAAGCUAUUGAAAAUGCUUCUGAGUUACUGAAGGAAUUCAAUACCAGCAUAGUUGAGUACACGAGCUUUGCUGAUACUAAAUCCAUCCCAGGACAUUACGUGAUUUACUGGGAAUUGUUGAUGAAGGACUCUUCUUACCCGCCAACAAAUGAAGUUCUGAACAAGUGCUGCUUAGUCAUGGAAGAGUCACUGAACUCGGUUUAUAGACAAGGAAGAGUCGCCGACAAUUCUAUUGGACCAUUGGAGAUACGAGUGGUGAUGAAUGGAACCUUUGAGGAGCUGAUGGACUACGCUAUCUCGCGGGGUGCUUCCAUUAACCAGUAUAAAGUACCAAGGUGCGUGAGCUUCACACCCAUAGUGGAACUACUCGAUUCUAGGGUGGUCUCCUUUCAUUUUAGCCCAGCUGCACCGCACUGGACCCCAGAACGUCGUCGUUGA